UCCUCCAGUGAAGGCAACAGCAGUUCAGAUCAGAUUUCACAUUCAGCUCCGACCAGCUGAGGGGAGAGACAGCCAAAAGAGAGCAGAGGAGGACUCGUGUCUCCGCUUUCCUCUCCGAUACCCCCGCCAGAAAAAGAAGAAGACGAAGAGAGAAGAGAGAGACAAAUUAAAAAUAAAGCCUGAGCGAGGAAACGACCGGGGCGAGCGGCGCAAAUAUUAAAAACACCACCGGGAUUUUUUUUUUUUCCUCCCUCUUUUUUUUCUUCUUAUAUGUAUUUUUGCAGGAUUUCAGCAGCGCCACAGAGAAUUAGAUAGAAGGAAGAGGAAGGAAGAAGAGAUGGACGAGCAGACGAGGUUGAUGCACUCUCACUCGGGGGUGGGAAUGGCAGGGCACCCCGGCCUGCCGCAGCACAUGCAGGAGGGCACCGGAGGAACGGACGGCGACGGGAGGAAGCAGGACAUUGGAGACAUUUUACAGCAAAUCAUGACCAUCACGGAUCAGAGUCUGGACGAAGCUCAAGCCAGGAAACACGCUCUCAACUGUCACAGAAUGAAGCCAGCUCUUUUCAAUGUCUUGUGUGAAAUCAAAGAGAAAACAGUGCUGAGUAUCCGCGGCGCCCAGGAGGAGGAGCCACCAGAUCCCCAGCUCAUGCGCCUGGACAACAUGCUGCUGGCCGAGGGCGUGUCCGGUCCGGAGAAAGGCGGAGGGGCGGCGGCGGGGGUGGCGGGGGCGGCGGCGGUGGCGGCAGCGGCGGCCUCGGGGGGCGCGGAGGCCGCGACCGGGGCGGAGCACACCACGGAGCACUCGGACUACAGGGCGAAGCUGACCCAGAUCAGACAGAUCUACCACACAGAGCUGGAGAAGUACGAGCAGGCGUGUAACGAGUUCACCACCCACGUGAUGAACCUGUUGCGGGAGCAGUCGCGCACGCGGCCGAUUUCGCCCAAAGAGAUCGAGCGCAUGGUGAACAUCAUCCACCGCAAGUUCAGCUCCAUCCAGAUGCAGCUCAAGCAGAGCACCUGCGAGGCCGUCAUGAUCCUGCGCUCACGCUUCCUCGAUGCCAGACGGAAAAGGCGAAACUUCAACAAGCAGGCGACAGAGAUCCUGAACGAGUAUUUUUACUCGCACCUCAGUAACCCCUACCCCAGCGAAGAGGCUAAAGAGGAGCUGGCAAAGAAGUGUGCCAUCACAGUUGCCCAGGUUUCCAACUGGUUUGGGAAUAAAAGAAUCAGAUACAAGAAAAACAUUGGUAAGUUCCAAGAAGAAGCCAACAUGUACGCUGCGAGAACUGCCGUGAAUGCGACUAAUGCGUCCUCACAUGGAAGCCAAGCAAAUUCACCCUCAACUCCAAACUCUGCAGGUUCUGGCGGCUCUUUUAACAUGUCAAACUCCGGGGACUUGUUCAUGAGCGUGCAGUCUCUCAAUGGGGACUCGUACCAGGGGGCUCAGGUGGGAGCCAACGUGCAGUCACAGGUGGAUACCCUUCGCCAUGUUAUCAGUCAGACAGGCGGAUACAGUGAAGGACACACAGCCAACCAGAUGUACAGUCCGCAGGGCAUCAAUGCAAACGGCGGCUGGCAGGAUGCUCCGACCCCCUCGUCGGUGACUUCACCCACAGAAGGACCCGGAAGCAUUCACUCCGACACCUCCAACUGAUCCUCCACCCCUCUCCCUCCUCCUGCUUCCCAGCCCCCCUCCAUCACUGCGACCCCCACUCCCCCGCCUCCUCCCCCAGCCACAUCUCCCAAAACUUAUGCUCAAUCCCCACCAGGACUGGACGUGACGUACUGUUUGUAGUCACGCGGCGGGACGCCGCCGGGGUCCGGGAUGACAUUUGCGGACAAAAUAUUUCACUUUUCCUAUCCGGACCGCCGCGGCGCCGUUAGCAGCCUGCAGAGGGGACUCCCAUCCACAGUUCACAGUUUGUACAGUUUCGAUGUCCAUGUUGCCUCUUUGUAUCUCUCAUAUUAUUAUUAUUAUUAUUAUUAUUAUCGUUAUGUGUUCACGUCGUUAGCAGCGCAACGCCCCCACGUCUUGUAAAUUUAAAAAUGCUUCCACACUACCUCGAUUCGAAAAUAACAACGUGAAUAUUUCUUCGGUUUUACCAAAUUUUAUAAUCAUUGGCGUCACCGCCCUGUCAUGGCACCUCCGUCUCGGUUCACACGUUUCUGUUUGUCAAAGUUCAACCCUGGAGGUGAAUUUUGAUAAUGUUACAUUUUAAUGUCCUUCCAUUUCCCACCCCGUACUUCGUAAAGUAUUGUUUUUAUGUUAGUCCAGUCAUAUUAACUCGUAAUAACUCGAUUAACAUAGUUUGUAUUCAGAACUUCUACAGCAGACAGGGACACAUGAGGCAUUUGAAAUUUCUGCUCAUCUGCAGAACAAUAAUAAAAAGGAUUCACAAUUUUCUCGGAAAGAACUUUAACGCAGACUCUCUCGUGGAGAUAGUUGAAGUUCUGUCACACUUGUUGGCCGCGGCCACGGUAUUCAUAAAAGAUUUGACCCGUAAACACUCAAAUCGACGGCAGCAGGAGCAAUUACGGCACGCCGACGUGCAUUAAAGCACAAUACCGCCUCCUGAUUGGACUCAAAGGGUAACGUUUGUAAAUGACGAAGAGAAAAACAAUACAGGAAUACAUUUUGAAGCUAUAGGAGUGGCGUAUGGAAGAAAGAGAGAGUGCUCAUACAGUAUAUGAUCAGACAUCAGCCGCGUGUGUAUCAGUGAGAGAAAUGUAGCCAAAUACUGCUGGUAACCAAAUCCACAACAAAGAGAAUCACAUUUCAGAUCAUUAAAGGUGCCACGGUGUUGGGAUUGGACACGUUGCGUAUCCUGUCUCUGAAUUCACUUUUCAUUUGUGGAAUUCCAUUUGCGCGAUAACGGCGAGAGCGCGGCGGCAUUGUGAGCAGUGUGUUGCGUUUGCGAGCAUUAAAAAUGAUCCUUAAGAAUUGCUUUCGAUAAAGACUUAGAGCUUAAACAUCAUUUUCUGUGCUCCGGGUGUCAGGCGCUCCCGGCUUGUGGCUCAAAUGGACUUCCACAUGCAGUCAGCGCUGGAAUAAACUUGAGGCUACUUGUCCCGUAAACCCCUGUUCUACGAUAACAAAGAGGAACAGUUUGAGAGAGAACGACAGCGUUUGUGUUUUAAAUGUUUGAGAGUCCAUUCCCUUUUUUUAUUUGAUUUUUAAAUGCCGCUAAAAUAAAACGCCACACCCAUCGACACAAACAAUCCAAAAUGUGAACAGAAAUGUGUGACUUUUGUUGUAUGUACAGUAUAGUAUGUGGUUCAACAUGUAUACGAGAUAUCAUUUGCAUACUUUGAUACCAAAUUUUGACUUUUUAUCCUCCACAUUGGGAUCAGCUUGGAGCUCUUUUCAUAGGAUUUGAUUAUCCGCGGUCCUCAUGUUCUGGUUCUCUGUAUUCAAAGCCCAAGGAAAUGCAGCUGGAAUACAGACGUGUUUAUAUACAUUGAAACGGAAACUUAACACCACGAUGGCACACAAAUCCAUAUUUGUAUGUCUCCAUUUUGUGAGAAAAGUUGUUGUUUUCUUUUGAUAUAACGUUGGCUUCGCUCCAGGAUUAUUUCUUUGUUAAUGCUCCCGUUAUAAGUGAAUUAGCCCAAGAAUGCUCUAUAUACAGUAUGUAGAUAUGCACCUUUACUCUUUUAUAAUUUUAAAUUUGGCAUCUAUUGAAUUUGGACAGAGUUCCUGUUGGAUUCAAGGCUGCAUCCUGGUUGUUAUUUUGUACUAAAGACCAGCGACAGAAGCCCGCCUCCAACGCGGCCCCUGUCCGGACGAAGGGGACCUGAAGGGUCUGCGUUCACAUCGCCUCCUGACAUUGUUUUUUUUUUAUGAGCAUAACUGGACUCCUCUCGGAAAAAACAAAAUUCAAUCCCAACCAGUCGUACAGCCCGAAACAUUUUUUUUAAAUUUAUUUUUAUUUUUUACAGUUGUCACUGUGUUUGUAUUUAUUACACAUGUAUGAAAUCGUGGAGAGCUACUGCGUGGAAAUCAUCCACAGACAUGAUCGCCACAAAUAAAACUCACUUGGAUUAUUCGGAGGGCUCCUCCUCGACUCGCUCAC